AUGCCCCAUAACAACUACUUUCCCAAUUCUAUUUCUUCAAUAACACACAACACACUCUCUAUAAUGAAUAUAAGGAUAGUACUAAUGGUGUUAGUUUUGAGUUUUGGAAUUGGAAGUGAACAACAAGUACCUUGCUAUUUUAUAUUUGGAGACUCUUUGGUCGAUAAUGGUAACAACAACCAGCUCACUUCAAUUGCAAAAGCUAAUUAUGCACCUUACGGAAUUGACUUUCCUGGCGGACCAACUGGAAGAUGUUCUAAUGGAAAAACUUCUGUUGAUGUAAUUGCUGAGCGAUUGGGAUUCAACGGUCACAUACCUUCGUAUGCAUCGGCUAGAGGUCGAGACAUACUAAGAGGAGUCAAUUAUGCUUCGGUAGUUGCUGGAAUUAGAGAGGAAACUGGACAAAAAUUGGGAUAA